ACCACUGCGCUGCCAUGAUGAGCUCCUUUGCGAAUAAAAAAGAUUGGUUCAAGUUCGCUAUCGAAAAUGGCUUCAUCAAGUCAUUCGAAUACAAUUCCUUUGAGAAUAAAAACAAGAGAAAGAUGGUCGCCUUGAAGAGUCUGCACAAAAACAAUGAUUUUCAUAAGGAUUUCGUGCGAGAGGUACGUGUACACGGUGACAUCUUAAACCAUGAUGAUAUAUUGACGCGAAAUGCACUUCAAUUAGAUUCUGAAACGAAGAGUUUUUUCUUGGUUCUUCAGUACGCGAAUGGGGGAACUCUUCGGUCAUAUUUGCAAAAAAAUUUUGAUAAACUGAAUUGGCCCAGAAAAUUAAAGAUGGCCGUGGAUAUUGCCAACGGAUUGAAUUGUAUUCACGGCGAGGUCUAUAAUUUCUCGUGCAUGGAACAAGAUAUAAUCGAACCUAUGCGCGAUAUGCCAAAUGAAGCCGACUCUAUCUCAAUUCCCACCGAAUCCAUAACAUCCAAUUUAAGUUUUCAGGGGACACAAAUAUUGACAGAUCCUUAUAAGUUCGCUAAAGAAAAAAUUUUUGUCACGAAUGUUAAACCAACGAGAACAUGCACGAAGAUGCUCAAGCUGGCCCGAGAAAGUCUGGAUAAUGAUUUCGAUGAAAGUAAUGAUAAGCCUCAUUGUGUUGCAUGGGUGCACGUCUCUCUCGGUGACGUAGAAGGAUUAAAAUGGCACCUCGAUUAUGAUGACCACCGGGAUAUCAAAAUCCUUCCCGAGUUCACAAUUAAAUUCUGCUGCUGGGAUAAAAUUAUUCUCGUUUUUGAAACAUUAAAAUUGUACGGGGCAAAUUUUGGAGGCAUCCACUUAUCACUAGGGUCCUUGGUGAAGAACAACUCGGUCCAUUUUCCGAGAGAACUGCUUCAAUUCAAAGAGCUCUUGAUUUGGUUGUUAGAUAAUAAUUGCGACAUUAAUGAACUGAAGGAUAGUCGUGGUUUCUAUUCUUUAUACGAUCUACUUGAUGCCUUGGGAUUGCAUAAACAUCGGGAAGUUAUCGAUCUGUACUUGGAAUUUCAUUUCAAUCCAAAUAAUUCAUACAACACCCACCUACCAAAUUUGUUAUUUUAUUCUGUAUCCAAGAAGUUCCCUCUUUCCACCCUCAAACUGAUUCUCAACUAUGGUAUCGAUUUGUCGACGAAAAAUAGCGAAGGAUUAAAUGUCCUCGAUUAUGCGGCGAAUGAGAAGAGCAUCGAAACGUUGGAAUACCUUCUCAGAAGAUAUUCAAAGACACUGAGUUCACAAUUCAAAUUUUCCGAACAUCAUCCCAACCUCCUGUUCCUUGCUAUAAAAAAAGACUUUCCAAUUUCCACUCUCGGGCUAAUUCUUGAUUCUGGUGUUGAUCUGCUAACAAAGAACGUUGAAGGUUUGAAUGUCCUUGAUUAUGCGGCUGAGGAGAAGAAUCUCGAGGCCUUGGAAUAUCUUCUCAGCAACUGUUCGACAAAAUUAAAUUCCGAUCACCGUUUUUCCAAAAACUGCCCCAAUUUACUAUUUCUCGCGAUAAAAGAAAAUUAUCCCAUUUCCACACUCAGACUGAUUCUCAAUUCUCGCGUCAAGUUAUCGAUCAAGAAUCAUGACGGACUAAAUGCCAUCAAUUACGCGGCUGUGUGUAAAAACAUCGAGGCUUUGGAGUAUCUUCUUAGCAACUAUUCCGAGGAAUCGACUUUUCAACACAGAUUCUCCCAAAAUUGCCCAAACUUAUUGUUCCUCGCCAUAGAAAACUUUUUCCCUGUUCACAUUCUGGAACUUAUCCUCAAUUCUGACAUUGAUCUCUCGACUAAAAACGAUAUGGGAUUGGAUGCUCUCGACUACGCAGACAUCAAAAAGGAUGUCGAAGCUUUAGAGCAUCUUCUUGGAAAUUACACAAAGGAACUAAAUUUACACAAGAGAUUUUCUCCGUCCUGUCCAAAUUUGCUAUUUUACUCGAUAUCAAGAAGGUUUCCCACUUCGACCCUUGAAGUUAUCCUCACCAGUCACGACAUUGAUUUAUCAACAAGGAAUGCCAGUGGGUUGAAUGUUUUAAAUUAUUCGGUCUACGAAAGGAAUAUAGAGGCAUUGGAACAUCUCCUCAAGUUUCACUCGAAAGGGAAAUUUCCCAUUCCCACUCUCAAACUCAUUCUCGAGUCUGGCGUUGAUCUGUCGGCGAAAAAUGACGAAGGAUUGAACGCUCUUGAGUAUGCAGCCGAUAAUAAAAAUAUAGAGGCUCUGGAGUUUCUUCUUGGUUUUUUCAAGCGGCUGGAUUCCAAUUCCAAACCUUUUCCACCUUGUCCAAGCUUACUGUUUUUUGCUAUACGAAAUGAAUUUCCGGUUUCGACUCUCAAACUGAUUCUUGGUUCGGGGGUUGAUUUAUUAACAAAAAAUGAUGAAGGGCAAAAUAUUCUCGAUUACUCGGCACUUUGGAAAAAUAUCAAGGCUUUGGAAUACCUCCUCAAAAACCAUGCGACAGAAUUAAAUUCCCAUUUUAUGUUUUCCGAGGAGUGUCCAAAUUUAAUUUUUCUUGCUAUAAAGAAAUUCCCGGUUUCCACCCUCAGCCUGGCCCUCGAUCUGGAUAUUGAUUUAUCAAUUAAGAAUAGAGACAACCUAAAUGCUUUCGACUAUGUGCUCAAUAUUGGCAUAAUGGAGAAAAUAGAAUGUUUCAUCGAAAAUCAAAAUGCACUAAACUUUCGAUUUUCCCCUGAUUGCCCUAAUUUAUUGUUUUACACCUUAUAUAAGAAGUAUCCAAUUUCCAUUGUCAAGCUUAUACGCAAACACGGUGUUGAUUAUAAAACCAAAAACAAUGAUGAACUGAACGCUCUUGGAUAUGCUGUUAAGCUGAAGAAUAUGGUGGCGGUCAGAUACCUGUUGGAGAAUAUUCUCGAGUUUAGCGAACAACAAAGUAUCGCAGAGGCGAUCGGUCAAACGAAAUUUUUUAGCAGAGAGUGGUAUUACCUUCAAGAUUGGAAAG